AUGGCGGAGAAGAGGAUAUUAAGGGACUGUCAGCAAGCUGAUAUAAAACACUUAUCUGGAUGGAAACAGUGGAAAAGCAGCAGCAGUAAAUCAUUGAAAAAAGUCCUCAGCGAUGUCAAGGAAUUGUUAUCUUACUUGCAGCUUUGGCGACAUGAUAUCCACAGCAUAGAAGGGAAAUUUGGUACUGGCAUCCAGUCCUACUUCUCCUUCCUGCGUUUUCUGGUCCUGUUGAAUUUUAUCAUUUUUAUGCUGAUGUUCAGUUUUGUUACCCUUCCCAGCAUAAUUUCUAAGUACAGAAUAUUCAACAGUAGCUUUGCUAAAAUUCCGCCAAUGAACAUAGAGCCUCACUGCACAGUUUAUGAACCUGGUGGUAAUAAGGGACUUGUUUACUUCUAUACUUACCUCAAAGAUUUGCUCAGUGGCACUGGGUUCCUUGAAGUGACAAGUUUGUUUUAUGGCUAUUACACAAUAGACACUGCAUGGCUCAGUAUCAUGCGGUACAACUUGCCACUAGCAUAUCUGUUGGCUACAUUUGCAUACCUUGCAUUAAGUCUCCUCUGGAUAAUAAAAAGGUCUGUGGAAGGAUUUAAGCGGAACUUGGUGCAUGCUGAAGAUCAAUUUCAGAGUUACUGUAACAAAGUCUUUGCAGGCUGGGACUUCUGCAUUAUAGAUCCAAAUGCGGCACAGCUAAAACAUCACAGCUUGCAAUAUGAGCUCCAAACAGACUUGGAGGAAGAAAGACUGAAGCGAAAAAUAGCUGACAGGACAAUGAAAGAAAAGCUACGUAUCUACUCUCUGAGAAUAUUUAUAAAUAUAAUCGUCAUUGCAGUUUUAUCAGGAUGUUUUUACUCUAUUUAUAGAGCAACUGUAUUCUCUCAAGAAAACUCCAAUGUAAGUAUCAGACAUGACAGAUUCAAUCAGGGCUGGUGA